AUGAACGUGUUAAUUAAAGCUCCUUCUUUUCGUAUUCAAUAUAUCAUCGAUUGGAGGAAACGUGUUGAGCCGGAUGCCUUUAGCAAGUGUGCCGCUGGCGCGCUGUGCGAUUUCACCCGCUUCACGCACGCUCGAGCUCACCAGCGGGGUCCGUCGGUCUGGUCCAUAGAGUUACAGCAUUUGCACGAGCAUCUGUGUCGCAUCGUGUGGUGUGGUAGUGAAAGUGUGUGUAAUGAUCGCGGUCAGCUGGUCUCGGUGACGUCACGACAUGGGCCAUGUGGAAGAUAUGCGGUAUCAGUAAGGCCGAGCCCGUGUUGUUCUCUUGCAUCGAUGACGAUUAUGUAA